GUGAAUAGCCUUGUACCAUGUGACCUCUGUGAUCAUUCACAGAUUUCACACGUAGUAAGCAAUGAUGUCAGGAAGUGACAUCUUACGUACUACUAUUCAUGUGAUCACUGAUUGGCCAAUCAGUGAUCACAUGAUCGGGACUCACACAGAGGUCCCGUACACCAUUGAGAAAUACUGUGUGAGCUGUGAUUGGUCACAGCUUGCCACAUAGUCUGUUGUGAAUAGCCCUGUACCAUGUGACCUCUGUAAUCAUUCACAGAUUUCACACUUAGGUGUUCUUUUAUGACAAAGAGAAUAGCUGUGAUUCAGAGGA